AUGACCUUAUGCAUUGCCAUGUCCACUUCCGUAGCCUCCAGUGUCUCUACUGGAGAGUCCCUGUCUGAGGAGGAGAUGGCUCAGAUCCUGGAGCAGGUGGAAGAAAAGAAGAAACUCAUCGCCACCAUGAGGAACAAACCCUGGCCCAUGGCAAAGAAGCUCAGGGAGCUUAGGGAAGCCCAAGCAUUUGUGGAAAAGUAUGAAGGAGCCUUAGGGAAAGGAAAGGGCAAGCACCUCUACGCCUACAGGAUGCUGAUGGCUAAGCUGACGGUUUUAUCUGUUUCAUUUCAGAAAUGGAUCAAGUUCAAGAGAGACUUUGAUAAUUUCAAGACCCAGUGUAUUCCCUGGGAAAUGAAGAUCAAGGACAUUGAAAGUCACUUUGGUUCUUCAGUGGCAUCAUACUUCAUCUUUCUCCGAUGGAUGUAUGGAGUUAACCUUGUCCUUUUUGCCUUAAUAUUUGGUCUAGUCAUCAUCCCAGAGGUGCUGAUGGGCAUGCCCUAUGGGAGCAUUCCCAGGAAGACAGUGCCCCGAGCUGAGGAAGAAAAAGCCAUGGACUUCGCCGUCCUCUGGGAUUUUGAGGGCUACAUCAAAUAUUCUGCUCUCUUCUAUGGCUACUACAACAACCAGAGGACCAUCGGGUGGCUGAGGUACAGGCUGCCCAUGGCGUACUUUAUGGUGGGGGUCAGCGUGUUUGGCUACAGCUUGAUGAUUGUCAUUAGAUCGAUGGCCAGCAAUACUCAAGGGAGCACCGGUGAGGGAGAGAGUGACAACUUCACAUUCAGCUUCAAGAUGUUCACCAGCUGGGACUACCUCAUUGGGAACUCAGAGACAGCUGACAACAAAUAUGUCUCCAUCACCACCAGCUUCAAGGAAUCUAUAGUGGAUGAACAAGAGAGUAACAAAGAGGAAAAUAUCCACCUGACAAGAUUUCUCCGUGUCCUGGCCAACUUUCUCAUUCUCUGCUGUCUGUGUGGAAGUGGGUACCUCAUUUACUUUGUGGUGAAGCGGUCACAGGAAUUCUCCAAAAUGCAAAAUGUCAGCUGGUAUGAAAGGAAUGAGGUGGAGAUUGUGAUGUCUCUGCUUGGAAUGUUCUGUCCCCCUCUGUUUGAAACGAUCGCUGCCCUGGAGAAUUACCACCCUCGCACUGGGCUGAAGUGGCAGCUGGGACGCAUCUUUGCACUUUUCCUGGGAAACCUCUACACAUUUCUCUUGGCCCUCAUGGAUGAUGUCCACCUUAAGCUUUCCAAUGAGGAGAAAAUCAAGAACAUCACUCACUGGACCCUGUUUAACUAUUACAACUCCUCAGGUGGGAAUGAAAGUGUGCCCCGGCCACCACCACACCCUGCGGAUGUGCCCAGGGGUUCUUGCUGGGAGACAGCCGUGGGCAUUGAGUUUAUGAGGCUGACAGUGUCUGACAUGCUGGUAACAUACCUCACCAUCUUGGUGGGGGAUUUCCUCCGAGCUUGUUUUGUCCGCUUCAUGAAUCACUGCUGGUGCUGGGACCUGGAGGCUGGCUUCCCCUCAUAUGCCGAAUUUGAUAUUAGUGGAAACGUGCUGGGUUUGAUCUUCAACCAAGGAAUGAUCUGGAUGGGCUCCUUCUACGCUCCAGGACUGGUAGGCAUCAAUGUCCUGCGCCUGUUGACCUCCAUGUACUUCCAGUGCUGGGCAGUGAUGAGCAGCAACGUGCCCCACGAGCGUGUGUUUAAAGCCUCCAGGUCCAACAACUUCUACAUGGGUCUGCUGCUGCUGGUGCUUUUCCUCAGCCUCCUGCCAGUGGCCUACACCGUCAUGUCCCUCCCACCCUCGUUUGACUGUGGCCCCUUCAGUGGGAAAAAUAGAAUGUAUGAUGUACUCCACGAGACCAUUGAAAAUGAUUUUCCUAAGUUCCUGGGCAAGAUCUUUGCAUUCCUUGCCAAUCCAGGCCUGAUCAUUCCAGCCAUCCUACUGAUGUUUCUGGCCAUCUACUACCUGAACUCGGUUUCAAAAAGUCUCUCCAGAGCUAAUGCCCAGCUUCGAAAGAAAAUCCAAGCGCUCCGUGAAGUUGAGAAGAACCACAAAUCCAUCAAAGGAAGAGCUAUAAUCACUAAUUCUGAGGACACACUUAAGAACAGCUCCAAAAAUGCCACCCAGCUACAACUCACUAAGGAAGAGCCCACAUCUUAUUCUCCCAGCCAAAUCCAGACCCUGGACAAGAAAGUGAAGGGCCCUGGCAGCUCCAGUACUAAUGGCAGGGCCUCACAGCCUACCUCCCGGCACCUUGUUGGGUCUCAGCCACCGAGAGUCAGACCAGAUUCUGGCCAACCCCAGUCUCAGACUUAUAUAUGCAGGUCAGCUUCUGGAAAGAGUACCAAGAGGCCUCACAACUGAUGGCUGGCAUUCGUGGAUCUCCCGGCCCUGGGCUUGAGCCACAGGCUCUACUUCUUUGUAUAUCCCUUCCCUUCUCCUCUCACACUCAUGCAUGCGUCCAUAUCACACAUGUAACAUAUGAACUUUAAUCCUUGCUCUCCAGCCCUAAACUACUCAAAGGGAAGGGCAAUGGCAUUCCAUGAUUUGGAGAGUAGCAGGAGCUACAACCUUGCCCAAACUAACUGGCCUUCCUAGUGUCUUGUUCAGGCAACCUGGACCCCACACACUAGUGGUUUCCCUUGGUUCCAGACUUAGGAGGUGGAGAUGGAGGCCAUGACUCCCUGUGUGGACUUCUUCCAUGGUGAACAUGAUGGGACCCAGUUUCUGCAGCUCCUUGGACGGAACUACAGUGUGGAGGAGCCUACAUUUCUAUCAUCACCCUAUCCAAAGGAGACUAGAUGCUUCAACAGCAGGGCCAAGCACAGGCAAACAGAAGUAGAUGAGCCAGAAUCCUUUAACAGGAAGAUCACUGAUACCCAACACCCAACCUGAGGGAAACUGAUGCCAAUUAAGCACAGAAACUGCACUGGAGCCUCCUGGCAGCAAGACAGAGGAACACAUGGGCAACAGUUCUUCUGAUCCAACUGAAGAAAACCUGAGGAUUGCUCAAGACAGGGAAGUCUUUUUCAUGCACCAAAUUCUAAAAAGAAUUGGAUAACUUGUUUCCUGUAUAAGGGUUCUUGAAAGUGGUGGUUCUAGACCGGUCUAAGUCAGGGAAGCCAGGCCAUUAAGGAGGCUUUGCUAGCAGCUGAAGGCUUAGUAAUGUUCUCUAGAAACCCCAAGUGUUCUACAGACAGUACUUUCCUCUGCUGUGUGUUCCCAGACCCAAGGGAGCAGCAAAGCUUCAGGACCAAUGGAGCACUUCACCCCAUGUCUCUGAAUAUUCUGAAGGAAGCCCCUUCUUUUAGCCAGUUACUCUUGUUGUAGCCCUCUAGGUACUCCCAUGCAUUGUACAUUAGGCAAAGUCUUGGUAAUCAGAAGACUUCACAGCUACUCAUAGAUGAUAUAAUUAAAACAGUUUUCAAAGCCAGGCGUUGGUAGAGCAUACCUUUAAUCCCAGCACUCAGGAGGCAGGGGCAGGCAGAUCUCUGUGGGUUGGAGGCCAGCCUGGUCUACAGGGUGAGUUCCAGGACAGACUCCAAAACAAUACAGAGAAACCUUGUCUUGAAAAACAAAACAAAACAAAACAAAACAAAAAAACAGUUCUCAAACUCAACUUCACUCAUGAGUGGUAAUGGGAUGAGAAUGCAGACAUGGGAGCAGGAGAAACAGGGUAACUUCACCUCAGUCCAUCCUAACAAGAUGAAGAUCUCCAUGGAAACUCAGUGAGCCUCCAGAUCUGACACCACCUGCAAGUCACACACUGCUUUCUGGGGACAAACAUACUAGCUGUAAGCUUGCCAAAGAUAUCAACACAGGAACUCAGGCAAUUUAACCCAUGCCAGCCAGCAAAGCCCACAGCAGCUUCGUGCCUGCAUCAUCUUGCUUGCAUAACACCAACUCAGAAACAAGUGGGAGGCACCUUCUGAGCCAUCAGCCUCUGUUACUGUCGUGCCUCUUACAGUUAACAAUAUUCAUAAACGCCUACUACAAACCAAAUAAAUCACCUGUUUUGAAGAUGCAUAAUUCUAUGUUAGUGAAUAUAUUUGCUGUCUAUUGCUAUGUAUCAAAUUAGCCCCUAAAAUGACAUCUUAAAAUGGGCUGGGCAUAGUGGCACAUGCCUAUAAUUCUGGGCACUUAGGAAGCAAAGGGAAGAGUCUGCAUCAAGU